AUGAAGAAGUUCGUUACCAUGAUCGUUGACAAACUGAAAGGAGAGAAGUUGUUUGCUUCUCAAGGAGGACCUAUCAUUGUAGCUCAGAUCGAGAACGAAUACAACACUAUUCAACUAGCAUUCAGAGAAAAAGGAGAAAGCUAUAUUCAAUGGGUUGCAAAGACAGCCGUCGACAUGAACAUCGGUGUCCCAUGGAUGAUGUGCAAGCAGAAGGAUGCACCAGAUCCAAUUAUCAAUUCCUGCAAUGGCAGACACUGUGGAGAUACUUUUGUCGGUCCAAACAAACCCAACAAGCCUUACCUGUGGACCGAGAAUUGGACUGCACAGUACCGAGUAUUUGGAGAUCCGCCAUCUCAACGGUCCACGGAAGAUUUGGCAUACUCGAUCCUUCGGUGGUUCUCCAAGAAUGGAACUUUGGCUAACUAUUAUAUGUACUACGGUGGCACAAACUAUAACAGAACAAGCGCGGCUUUCGUGUCGACACGAUACUAUGACGAAGCCCCUAUCGAUGAAUAUGCAUUAAUCAGAGAACCAAAGCAUGGCCAUCUCAAGGACGCUCAUAGGGCAGUAAGCUUGUGCAAGAAGGCACUACUUUCAGGGACUCCUUUGGUCGAAAAGUUGGGCCCUAAGCUAGAGGCUCGAGUCUGGCAGGUGCCGGACACAGCAAUCUGUGCUGCUUUCUUAGCCAACAAUGACACGUCUACACCGGCUACGGUUCGUUUCAAGGGAGGAGAAUAUUAUCUGCCAGCUAACUCCAUUAGUGUCCUCCCUGACUGCAAGACCAUGGUUUACAGCUCCCACUUGAUCACAGCACAACAUAACUCAAGAAACAUGGAAAGAUCAAAAGUUGCUAACAAUUUUGAGUGGAAGAUGUACAAGGAAUCUCUUCCAACCCAAUUUAAAAAUAAGGCCAACCAGCCGGUGGAGUUCUAUUAUUUGACCAAAGAUAUAACGGACUACGCUUGGUACUCGACCACCUUCCCUUUGAGUGAACGCGACAUGCCACUUAAAAAGGAUGUCCGACCGAUCAUUCGGAUCGCGAGUGAAGGCCAUGGUAUUUAUGUCUUCGUGAAUGGCGAAUACAUAGGUUUCGGACAUGGUAGCAAAGUCGAGAAGAACUUUGUGUUUCAGAGAGAUGCAAAUUUUAAGACUGGGAAAAACACCAUUCAUCUCUUGUGUUACACUGUGGGAUUUCAUGAUAGCGGUGCCUACUUGGAGCGUAGGUAUGCCGGGCCUCGUUCGGUCACCAUUCUCGGUUUAAACACCGGUACGGUCGAUAUAUCGAUGAUCGGUUGGGAAACCCUGGUGGGAAUCGAGGGAGAAAAGAAGCAAAUAUACACCGAGAAAGGCUCACAAUCAGUACAUUGGGCAACUCUUACCGGUGAUAAACCCCCUAUAACAUGGUACAAGGCAUAUUUUGAUGCACCUGAAGGGAACAACCCCAUAGCCAUUAGAAUGACUAACAUGGGCAAAGGCAUGGUGUGGAUCAAUGGAAGAAGCAUUGGCCGAUACUGGAUGUCUUACUUGUCUGCUCUUAAACAACCAACUCAAUCAGAGUACCACAUCCCAAGGACAUACAUAAAACCAGAAAAGAACUUGAUCGUGGUGUUCGAGGAAGAGGGAGGCAAUCCUAUGGAAAUCGAGAUCGUACUGGUCGACAGGAACACGAUCUGCAGUCUCGUAAGCGAAAAACACACGCCGUCACCGAGGCUAUUCAAGAGCGUAAACGGAAACCUACGUGCGAAGUCGAAUGAGUUGAAGCCCAAGGCAAAACUAGUAUGUCCCAAGGAGAAGAAGAUCGUCUCCGUCGACUUCGCCAGCUUCGGAGAUCCCUACGGGACUUGCGGAAACUUCUUCUUCGGCAACUGCACGUCCACGGUAUCCAAACAAGUUGUGGAGAAAUUCUGCCUGGGAAAACCGGACUGCACGGUUCCGGUGGACAAGGGGCACUUCGGCGGCCAAAACGAUGCUUGUUCCAAUCUGAAGAAGAAACUGGCCGUCCAAGCCCAGUGUGGUUAG